AUGGCCCCCAAAUCCCAAAGCCAAAUCAUCUACGCCCCCUCAGAGGAAGCCCCGCGCGGGCUCAAAUCAGUCUUCCUCGCAGGAACAACCACCAAAGUCGACCCCACCGAUUGGCGCGAGGCCCUCUCUGCAUCUCUCGCAGAUACGCCCGUCACCAUAUACAAUCCGCACCGUGCUGACUGGGACAGCUCGUGGCGCGAGGAUAUCGAUUUCGCGCCCUACCGUGAGCAGGUGGAGUGGGAGCUCGAGAAGCAGGAUAGGGCUGAUGUGGUAGUUCUUUACUUCCACCCUGCGACUCAGGCGCCGGUUAGUUUGCUGGAGCUUGGGCUGUGUGCGCGUGUUCCUGGGAAGACGGUUGUUGUUUGUCCUGAGGGAUACUGGAAGAGGGGCAAUGUGCAGGUUGUGUGUAGGAGGUUUGGGAUCGAGUUAGUGGAUGGGGUUGAGGGGUUGAGGGAGGCGGUUUUGAGGAGGUUGCCUUCUGGUGUUUCGUUAUUUGGGGCUCUGGGGGAAAGUUGA